UGCCCCCAGUGCUUUGGCCCCGCCAAGUUGGAGUGCCGCGUGAACCGCGGGUGGGCCACUUACGGUUGGACCUGCGCCAAGGUUGGGCACAAGCACAUGGGUGCGCAGUGCAAUUCCGAGGGCUGGCUCGAGGGCGCGCAUGUGAACUCGCGGAUGCCGUUCUUGCCUUUCGUGAACUUGAUCCGCCCAGGGCGGCCCUGCAAGGACAUCGAAGCUGAGAUCGAGGCAGGCUACGGGGGCAACACCAAGGACGCGCUCCUGGCAUGGCGGAGGCUCUACCAGGAGACGCUGGGGAAGGGCGCGGUCUCCCUGGGCGCCCGCGAGAUCGGCGGGCCGAAUCAGACGGCGGUCGCCGACGAGACCGUCAUCGGCGUGCGCAAGGAGGACGGGACCCAACGCGCCACUCGCAAGCUCGUGGUGAAGGGCGCCCUGAAGAGGCAGCCUGCGCGCGCGAUAUACCGCAACCAGGAGCCAACGAAGCGCGAUUCGAAUGACUUGAAGACGAGGAAGGGCACCGCGAAGCGGGCGCCAGCCACGAGGAAGGCGGCUGCGAGGGUGGCGAAGAAGCCCGCGGCAAACCUGAAGAAUGCUGGGCGGUGGCUGCGGCUGGCGACCCGCGCCGGGCUCGGGAAGACCGCGCGCGCACAUGCGCAAGACGGCGCGCCGCGUGGACUGGGGGAGAUCAAGGCCACGUUGGAGGAGAAGGCGGAGAAGGGCACUUUCCUGGUCCACGACGGCUGGGCGCCCGCCGCCGCUGCCGCGAAGGCUCUGGGCUACAAGAGCGCCCCGCCCGUCGUUCACGAGGAGGACUACCGCGACCCCGCCACUGGCUUCCACGCCAACGACGCCGAGUCUGAAAACCCUCGGCCGAAAGGGUGGAACCGCCAGCGCUGCGGCCAGUUGCAGCUGGACGCGCUGGAGAUGGAGGAGUACGUGUUCUACGUGAACGUGGGCGACACCGUUGAGAGCACGUCCAAGGGCCUCUCGUAUGCCAACGGGGGCCCGUGGCAGAACAG